GUGCCGGCAAUUUGGCAAAUUAUAGGCUAAGAGUCACGCCCAUUGGCCAAGGACAAGUGCGAGUGCUAACCAGGCGCCAAUAAAAGACAUUUGCCCAGCACUUUGUGGCCACAGUAUCAAGUGGCCCAGGCCAGACUCGAGUGCGCCCAGGCCGGAAAAAGGAGAGAGAGAGAAAGAGAUUUUGGAGAUGGAGCAAAACGCGAAGGAUAUUGCUUUGGUGGCCAUCAAUGUGGAGAUUUGGCGUCGUGUGGCAGUGCUCUAUCCGACGCCGGGUAACAAUUGGCGGAAGUACGCGUUUAUGCUGCCCGUUUGCCUGAUGAACCUGAUGCAGUUCUUCUUUCUGCUGCGCAUGUGGGGCGAUCUGCCCGCCUUCAUACUCAAUCUCUUCUUCUUUUCGGCCAUAUUCAAUGCCCUAAUGCGCACGCUGCUGGUCAUGUUCAAGCGCCUCGAAUUCGAGCAGUUCCUCGACGAGCUGGCGACGCUCUAUCGCCAGAUUGAGGCAUCGAGCGAUGAGUGCAGCCACCGUUUGCUGGCGGCGGCAGUGCAUGAGGCACGUCGUCUGGCCAUAUUCAAUUUGACGGCCUCUUUUCUGGAUGUUUCGGGCGCAGUUAUCUUUGCCAUGUUCCUGGAGCAGCGCACGCAUCCGUUUGGGGUUUCCUUGCCGGGACUGGAUAUGCAGCGCACGCCCAUCUAUCAGAUAUUCUAUGUGCUGCAGGUGCCCACGCCCGUGGUGCUCUCCAUGAUGUAUAUGCCCUUCGUGAGCCUGUUCGCCGCCUUUGCGCUUUUCGGCAAGGCCAUGCUACAGAUACUGGCCCACAAGCUGACCCGCAUCGAGCAGCUGCAGGAUGAGGAGCAACGCUAUCAAAUGCUGACUGCCUGCAUACGCAUUCAUAUCACUGUGGCCGGUUAUGUGCGCAAGCUUACAACACUGGUCACCUAUAUUGUGGGCGUUGAGGCAAUUAUAUUUGGCUCAAUUAUUUGCUCGCUGCUCUUUUGCCUGAAUAUUAUCACCUCGCGCACCCAGAUGAUCUCGAUAGUCAUGUACAUCUUAACUAUGCUCUAUGUACUCUUCACCUAUUACAAUCGCGCCAACGAUUUGGUCAUUGAGUGCUCGCGGGUUACGCAGGCGGCUUACAAUGUGCCCUGGAUGGAGUGCAGUCUGCGCUUUCGCCAAACCCUUCUGAUCUUUCUUAUGCAAACGCAGAGGCCUUUGGUGAUAAAAGUGGGCAACGUUUAUCCCAUGACUUUGGCCAUGUUUCAGAGUCUGCUGAAUGCAUCCUAUUCGUAUUUUACCAUGCUGCGUGGCGUCACCAACAAAUGAGCUGGAAGCCAAAAACUUUUCGGGCUCCCAAUUUGGAGAAGGAGUGGCAGUCGCUGGCAAUCUGAGUAAUGCAAAAAGUUGUUGUAGCCAGCCAUUUGCAUAUGCUACUCGUUGGCGUAGUUAUUUUGAAAGGAUUUAAUCUGGCUGUUUGUAGUCUGGACUGUAGUGUUGGCAUGUAGAUAUAGUCGUAGUUGUUGCUGUUGUUAUUAUAGUCAGGCAUCUGUGCAAAUAGCUUGUUGCACGGGACAGGGCAGAGCUGGUGCGGCGUAUUUUUGUUUGCUUUAAAUCUCUUGCAUGCUUAGAAAUGCUUCACUUAGUUGUUUUAAGCGCUGCUCAUGGCAUAUCUAGCUGGGCUAUAGGUGCUCUGUUUAGUUUUAAGGCAAGCCCUAAAGUAAAUAGCUCAAAGC